AGCUUUCAGCCUUAUGCCGGGGAAACGAGGCCCAGUUUGAUGUAUCUUAGUAUCGCCUACUUGUACUUAUUCCCUACAUCAAUGUUAUACGAUACACCGCAAUUGCCUUCGUGAUCGCAUUCCAGCGCGUGCCGUACAUGUGCAUGUCACACUUGUGGAGGGCCUAUUAAUACACACAGGCACUUCAGCUGGCAUCUCGAGCCCACACUCGCGACGAACACGAUCCGCUAUCUCCCGCGACACAUAGAUUGGGUGGUAACGCAAGAAGAAUCCAAUCGCGAUGCAGAACUACGGGCAAGCACCAGGAUAUCAGCGGCCAGGAAGCACGACAGGCUUCACAGGACAGCAGGGCGCUCCUCCACCAGUCCCGCCACCGCCGCCUGGAUAUGGAGCUUCCCAGGGAUACCAAACGUCUGCUCCCCCAGCCCACGGUCAAUGGGCUGCGCCUACGCCAACGCACACAUCAAAUCCAUGGAAUCAGUCGCAACAGCAAGUACCAGGAGGAUAUGACCCGGGCACUUAUGGCACCAUGUCAGGCGCGCAGCACCAAUCGCAUCCUCAGCAACAGGAGCAACCUCCUCCGCCUCCACCCAAACCGUACGGCUUCGCAGCGGCGGUCCAACGGCAGGAACAACAACAACAGCAGCAGCAGAGCAUGCAAAACUGGCCACAACAGCCGCAACAAGGUACCGCCUUUGCGCCUCAUAUGCAGCAGGGAGGAUAUCCAGUGCAAGGGACACCACAACAACCAUAUCAUCACGCAGCUCCUCCGCCGCCCUCAACCACACCGGGUGGGACAUACUUCCAGUCUUCACAGGGAGGCAGACCCAGCUCUAUCUAUGGGGCAGGUCACGUCAGCUCAUACCCACCAGUAGGGCCACAGCAACCCUCUGCGACCAGCCAUCAGAACGAGCAGCAGCCGGCAUACACACAACAGGGUGCACAAGCGUACACGUCUUCGAAUACGAAUCCAGCACCUGGCGCAUACGUCCCUCCCCCACCAGAAGCUCCUUCAUGGCAGCAGGCACAGCAUGCGCCGCCUCAUGGGGGCAUGGCUAGUUUCACGAAUACUACAUCACAUACCGAAACAAACGCCUAUGCACAAGGACAUCAUAGUCUACAGCAGCAGCAGCAGCAGCAGCAACCGCCGCCUUUACCUCCACGACAUGGCCAACAGGUUGUUCCUCCCCAAAACCAUUACCAACCUCAGUAUGGACAUUCAACGCCCGUCCAAUACAAUUCGCAAUCGCAGAUACCCAGCCAGUACCAGCAGUCAUCGGGCCAAUUCGCGACACCCCAGCAGCACCAAUAUCAGCAACCAUCGGUUGAACAUGCAGCGUAUUCCCAAGCUCCGUCGCAACAACCGGCCGCAACGACAAUAUAUGGACAGUCUGUGUACGACCGACAAGGACAGCCUUCUCCACAGCAUCCUCGCCCUCAGGAAUCAUGGCAGUCUGCAUCUCCAGCACCUGAGCCUAGCUAUGAAUACAACAGACCGCAGGCAUAUGAGUUCCAGCAGCCACCCUUGCAAUCGGGGUACCAAACGCAAGAACCAGUCCCACCGCAACAGCAUUCUCAGAUCUCGAACGAGGGAAUCCAACGAACAAAGCCAUAUAAUCGAAUCGAUACUGCUGGGUCGAACUUCUACCAUCAGCCAAGCCCGCAGAGUCAGCCUGUGUCUCCGAUAUCAAAUCGGCCUAGUGUGAGCUCCGCCUCUGGCUAUCAACCUAUCUCUGGGCGCACCGACUCAGUGAGCUCGAUAGCUUUGGCUAACCUCUACGCACAACGUGCAGAGAAUAAGACAUCUUCGCCAAAACCACCCGGACAGAAACUGCCCGCGUCACCUCCGCCUAGAGAUGAUAAAUCCAAGUUUAGUGUUCUGGCUGCCGGUGCACCUUCUGAUUGGGAACACCUAGGUGGUAGUGAGGAGAUUGACGAUGAAGAACUCUUCGGUGCAAAGAAAGAAGAGAAUAAAAGCGACAGUACUCAACCGGAAAGCAUUGAGCUGCCCGCUCACGUCCCGUCUCCUCCCUCGACGCAUGGGUUCCCCAGUCCUGCUGUGCGUCCCGCACACGUGAGUUCGAGCGAGUGGGAUGAAGGCUAUACACCCACACCGCCGUCUGUGGCGACAGGACUACCUGGACGACAGGACUCGCAGUCAUCGCAUCAAGGAUUCAUUGUCGAAGAUGCCAUUGUCGCGCCCUUACGGACAACUCCCAAACCCAUACAGGGUACGAAACCCCCUCAUCAGCCCGUUGCGUUGAUGACUGGGUCCGGCUCGGCAGAGGGCGGAUGGAAUACGUCGCAACACACACCCACCCAACCGAAGCAUCAUUUUGGGUCACAAAUUAGUAAUGAAUCACACGGCGCGGUGUCCUCCAGCUAUGACUUUACUGUAGAACUUCAAGAGAAGGAUGACAUUAUCAAACAACUACGCGUAGACGCGGAACGGGAGAAGAAAGAAAAGGGCAACCUUCUCAACCAAUUACGCACAGAUGCAGAACGGGAAAGGACCGUACUACAAGCGAAGAUUGAGGAACUUGAGGCUAAUAGCCAGAAAGUCGUGUCUGAGUACGAAGCUAAGAAGGCUCACAGCGCGAGCGAGAGAGAUGUGUUGCGUGCACAGAUUGAGACUAUGAGAACCACCGCAGACGAAGCUAGUGUCAAUUUUGACGCUUUGGUGAAGGAGAAGAACACGACGAUUGAGAUUCUGAAAGAAGAUGUCGAAGGGAAGGAACACAAUAUUGAGGAGCGUGAUGGUUCUGUCGCUGAACUAAAGCGCCAACUCGAAGUCGAAAAGGCGAGAGAAUCGCCGAAACCCACAGCUGCUGAUCUGAUACCGGAUCUUGAUCCGUGGUAUACUGGCUCGUUAGAGCGAUACAUAGUCAUGCUUCGUAGUGAGGCCGCGCAACCACAAGUUGAAGAGAAGGUCAAGAUUUUCAAGGCGUUCAUAAAGGUUGAGUCUAGCAUGCGGGCAAUCAUCUCCCUCGAUACCUCAACCCAAACGAAUCCAGUGGGACCAGAGACAUCACACCAACCAGAGCAAGCUGCUCGCUCUCGUGCAACUUCGAACAUCACCACCAAGAAACAGGAUCUGAACAUCCACGUACCGCAGGAAUCGGAAUUCGAUGAUGACUUUGAAUAUAGUCCUGGUGGCAGACCCAUCUUGACGCGUCAAACUACGUUGCCGCCAACUGACUACCAGGGCGUUCCAAAGGCGCCACCUUCAGUGCAAUCAACAACGAUCCUGACUCCGACAAGCUCCAUUGAUGAUGAUACGAACAAGACGCCAGUGCAAUCCCCGCCUGAAGAGCAGAUGCAACACCAAUAUAAGGCAUACGUCCCACCUGCUAGCAUAUCCAUUGACCCAGCCCCAUUGAGACACAGACCAACAAUGUCGUUCUCCAAUACUCCGGGGCUAGCUUCACCUUCGGGCCGCAACAACAGUAAAGGACACGAUGAGAUAUUCUUUGGGGCCCAUCAGCCGGCUGCGCAGACGCCUGCAUCCCGGCCUUCCAGUAGCGACGCGGAUGUUCCCUUGCCCGCACCAUUGACUCUGACCCCACGCCGCCCAGUUUCAAUUGCACCAACGAAGGAAGAUGCGAACAAAUUGCUCAAGGGACUCUUGCCCAAACAGAUGCGCGAUAGCCUCCCAAAUCACCGGAUUCAAGAUAUAAGAGCGAGGCUCACAGAUGUGGGAUCGAAACCCACCAACGCCGAUGAAAUCACGAAGACAUGGGAAAAAUCAGCAUCUCUGAAUCGCCGCAAGAGGGACGACGCCCGCCGCAAGCGUCAAGAAGAGAACGAGGAGCACAACGACGAUCUUUUCAACAGCAAUGAGAUCUCGUAUGCGGAGAUGAAUCAGCUCGAGGAAGAGUUCAAGCAGAAAGAGGGAGAUCUCAAAGCGCAAGAAGACAAAGACGAGUACAAGAGUUAUGUAGAGACUGUGUUUGACCCCAUCUUCACCAGCCUACAUGGCGAGAUCAAAGCCCUGAUGGAUUUGUACGUCGAAGCUAAGCGCCUACUACCGUCUUCCGUCGCUGGACUUAAGAGCAUGGAAGGAACCGAUACUCCGAGCACGAAAGACUGUUUCGAGCUCCUGGAAGACAUCCACACGCAGGUUGAAAAGAGACACGAUGUCGUCAUACAACUCGUUGCCGAACGCGACAGACGCUACAAAAAGACGGAGACGCAGCCUCUUUAUGCCGCCGGAAACAUCAGCCAAAUGAAAGCCAUGGAGAAGCACUAUGAGAACGCCGAGAAGCAAGCUAUGUUCAAAGCCAAGCGCGAGAAGGCGGAGCGUGUAGGCGAGCUUGUCCGCCUUGUCGAGGAUGUGAUUGUCAAUGCAGUCAGUACUGAGCAAAAAGAAAUCGACCACAUCGUUGCAGCAACCAAGGAUCUUGAGGAUGGCACCGGUGAUCCAGCAGUUCUCCAAGAUGUACAGACCGCUCUCAAGGCUCUGAAGGAAUCGUCAAAGACGCUUCUGUCCCUCUUCAACGCGCUGGAGAUUGAAUCCAACAACGCCGAUAUAGACGCGGAGAUUGCGCAAGUGACAGCCGGUGGUGCGGAUCCAGCGCGCAUACGCGAAUUGGAGACUGAAAAGAGGGAAGCAGAGAAAGACUUGGUGGAAGAGUUUCGAAGGAGGGUCAGUGUGCUGGAUAGCGAUGAUGUUGAAAUCGGGGAGUUGGUGCAGAGGAAGAUGGGUAAGAGUGGCGAGGACGCAGAGAAGGAAAAUCGAUUACGAAUGGCGUUGGAGGAAGCGAAGAGACGGAAUGGUCAUGCUUGAUGGCAUCAUUUUAUGUAUUUACGACGAAGCGUGGCAUUUCUCAUGCCUGUAAUGUGUACUUAUGGA